AGCUAAACCACGCGGAUACUCCAAAAUUUUACUUCAAUUCCGCUCCCCAAAGCCCCAAAACUUUGUCUUCCUUUCCUUUCCCCAUCUGAAUUUGUUUCUUUUUUGGUCCAACUCAUUCAAAUUGGGGAUUCCUUGACAGCUUGGUCAUGGAAACCCCUCUACCUUUCACACUUGCAACACAAAUCCACUUCCCAUUCACGGGAUAGCCUACCGCUACCUCCCCAUUUCGCCAUUUUCUCUCUAUCCCCCCCCCUUUUCCCUAUUCCCAUUCUCCCUGUUCUGCAGCCGCUCAGUUGAAGGCCUUCUUUUGAGCUAACUGUUCAUGGGGUCCUGCCUUAGUGCCAGGAUUAAAGCCGAGAGCCCUCUUCACAUUGGGUUGAGCUUCAAGUCUGCAAGAGAUGGAAAUGAUAAGGGCAAUUCAAUCAGCAAGUCCUCAUCUGUCUCCACUCCUCGGACUCCUCGAACAGAGGGCGAGAUCUUGCAGUCCUCCAACUUGAAAAACUUCACCUACAAUGACCUUAAAACUGCCACCCGAAACUUCCGACCCGACAGUGUCCUGGGUGAGGGCGGGUUUGGUUCUGUCUUUAAAGGGUGGGUUGACGAGCAGUCCUUUGCAGCUACCAAGCCAGGAACUGGGUUGGUCAUUGCUGUUAAAAGGCUCAACCAGGAAGGCUUUCAGGGUCACAGAGAAUGGCUGACAGAAAUUGACUACCUAGGACAGCUGCAUCAUCCUAAUCUUGUGAGAUUGAUUGGAUUUUGCUUAGAGGAUGAACAUCGACUUCUUGUUUAUGAAUUUAUGCCUCGGGGCAGCUUAGAAAAUCAUCUAUUUAGGAGUAAGCUAUUCACUUAUUCUACUUGUAUACCUACUUGUUUACUUAGAUUCUCAUUUUAUCUGUCUGGGGUAUCAGGGAGUGCUCACUUUCAGCCUCUAUCAUGGAGCCUCCGAUUGAAAGUUGCCCUUGGUGCUGCUAAAGGUCUAGCUUUUCUACACAGUGAGGAAGCGAAAGUAAUAUAUCGGGACUUCAAAAGUUCGAAUAUUCUGCUCGAUUCGGAUUAUAAUGCAAAACUCUCUGAUUUUGGAUUAGCUAAGGAUGGGCCUACCGGUGAUAGAAGCUAUGUUUCUACUCGGGUAAUGGGAACAUAUGGCUAUGCAGCUCCUGAAUAUAUGAUCACAGGUCAUUUGACUGCCAAGAGCGACGUGUAUAGUUUUGGAGUUGUUCUUCUCGAAAUCUUAUCAGGGAAACGAGCUAUAGACAAAAACCGACCAUCGGGAGAACACAGUCUUGUGGAAUGGGCCAAACCUUACCUCACUAGCAAAAGAAGAGUUCUCCAAAUGCUGGAUACACGCAUCGAAGGCCAAUAUUCUACUGCAGGAGCACUGAAAGCAGCUAAACUUGCGAUUCAAUGCAUAUCAACCGAACCCAAGUUAAGACCAAACAUGAACUCAGUGGUGAAAGCAUUGGAACAACUUCAGGAUUCCAUUGAAACAAGUGGAGCCAAGGGGGGUCCUAUAACCGAACCCGUAAACAAAUCCAGUCAAGGCAGUGACACCACAAAUAACAAAGCUGUUUCUUAUCCUAGACCAUCUGCUUCAAUACUAAAUCUAUAGAAACCGAGACGAAAGAACGUCUGGUGAACCGGCUAACAUUUCGACCGAACCCGAAAGGUAAAGAUGGUAUUUGGAUGACCAACUCAUUGUGUACUGAAACACUGUACAGUUUCCUUUUGCUCAAUUGUCCCCAGAAUCAGUUCCCCCAUCCAUCCCUUUUGUGUUUUUCUGUUCUGGCUUGAUUAGAAUAAGAUAUGAUUCCACUAAGAUGAGGCAUUAUAAGCUUUUAAAACGCUUAUUUCAAACA